ACUGGUAACGGUCUCCGUUUGGGUCUUACCUCUGGAGAGGCAAUUGCGAAUUAAUUAAGAAUGGAAAUAAUCCCGAUGGAAAACAAACAAGCUGUGUGCGCUCUGCAGGAGUUCUGCUCCAAGUCUGGAAAGAAUCUGCCCAUUUACGAAUUCGCCAUCGGCCGAGAAGGCGACUAUAUCUGCAAAGUGACUGCGGUGGAAAUGGAAUCCUCUGGAAAUGGACCCAACAAGCGCGAAGCCAAACACAUGGCUGCCGAGAAUAUCUGGCGCAAACUCUGCGAAGCUCCUGAGGUCAGCACGGAGAUCCAGAAUUUGAACCGGGACAUGUUGAGGGAGCUGCGCGACUACUGCAGCCUCUAUGGAAUGCCAGCGCCCAUCACCAAGGAUGUGGAGCAGAAACGCUCUUGCGAUGCCCCGGAAUUCGUGAUCCGUUGCUCAGUAGGUGCGGUUGUCUGCUACGGUAAGUCGGACAAGAAGAAGUAUGCCCGCCAACAGGCGGCCGGUAAAGUGCUGAGCGUAAUCACUGACGAGAUGACUGCUGCUUUCGAGAACAUGACUUUGGAGAGCAAGAAGACUUUCAAUACCUUCAAAAAUCUUGGAAAAACCGAAAGCGUGAAUAAGAAGGCUGUGCCCCUCUGCGAUCGCCACAACUACUUCAAGAAUUUCUGCCCUGAAUUAAAGGAGGCGGCCUUUGAGGUCAUCCGUUCGGAUAAGUAUCGGAACACCAAGGAUAAGGCGAUGAGCCUUAUGAGCGCUCUGAAGCUUAAACCGAGCAUUGACACCGUAGAAUCGACUUCCGUGGAUCCGCUGCUUAAAGUCGACCUUAAUUGUGAGUUUGAUUGUCUCAUUCUGGGGAUGGAAAGCGAGAUUUACGAGCAGAUUAUUGAAUAUUUUAAAGUAAUGCUUGUCUGAGGUAUAUGUACUCCUCACUUAACUGAACAGAAAGAUUCGUAUUUGGUUGUUCCACUCGAGGCUCGACUUACAUUUAAAACACCCUUACUAUACUACUUAUGUGAUAUAUAUUCAAAGCCUUAAACCUCAAAUCUAUGAAAUAAAUAUUUUUACAGACUAAUUG